UCAAAACUGCUGAUGGGGUGCUCGAUUGAUCAGGGAAACUGAGAAAUGGAAACAUCGGAAGCGAAGACACCACGAUCUCCACCGCCGCCGCCAGUGCAAGAACCUGACCUCAAGAAGCUCAAGAUGUCCACCACCACCUCCGAUGACGACAAACCUAUCAACGCAACCGACGACUCUGGCGCCGCUUCUGGACAGAAACGGAGGUACAAACGCCGCAAGAUUGCCAUUUUCUUCGCAUAUUGUGGUGUGGGCUAUCAGGGGAUGCAGAAAAACCCAGGAGCCAAGACCAUCGAAGGUGACCUAGAAGAGGCACUCUUCCACGCCGGUGCCGUUCCCGAGCAGGACCGAGGGAUCCCUAAACGCUAUGACUGGGCGCGCUCGGCUCGUACUGACAAGGGCGUGAGCGCUGUGGGCCAGGUUGUCUCCGGCCGAUUCUAUGUUGACCCGCCAGGCCUCGUUGAACGACUCAAUUCGAAUCUUUCGGAUCAGAUUAGGAUAUUUGGGUACAAGCGCGUGACAGCGUCGUUCAAUGCGAAGAAGUUUUGUGACCGCAGGCGGUAUGUGUAUCUUCUUCCUGUGUUUGCUCUUGAUCCUUGUUCGCAUAGGGAUAGGGAGACUGUGUUAGCUAGUUUGGGGUCUGUUAAUGAGCUUGUUAAGUGCUUGGAGUGUUCAGAGAGAGGGCGUAAGGUGGUAGGUGUGAUGGGCAAACGUAGUUUGGAAGCAAAAUCUCAAACAUUUCAGUUAGGCAUUUCAUCGAACAGUGGAGAUGCUAUAACAAACUCCAAAGUUGAAGAAGAUGUUCUGGUUCCUACGGGGAAUAAUGAUGGAGAUAGCACAAAUGCCGCAUCUCUUCCUGUGGAUAAUACGAAUUCUGAAUCUAUAAAUGAAGAUAAUGUAAUUCCUGAAUCUGUUAAUGAAGCUGAGGUUUGUGUUGACAAUGGCAAUUCUGAUAUUGCAGUGGAAACUAUCAAUUCUAGCCACCAGAAUGAGGAUACUGAAAUGUGUUCUGGGUUUGAGGAAGAGAAGGUUAAUGGCAAAGACAAACUUCGGAAAGGAAGUGGAUUUUGCUAUGGUGAGAAGGAGAAAGAGAGAUUCAACAGAAUACUGAAGUAUUAUACAGGGACUCACAACUUCCAUAACUUCACCACCAGAACAAAAGCAGAAGACCCUUCUGCACGGCGCUAUAUUAUUUCAUUUCAAGCAAACACAACUGUUUCUAUUGAAGGCAUUGAGUUUAUCAAGUGUGAGGUGGUGGGUCAGAGUUUUAUGCUUCAUCAAAUACGAAAGAUGAUGGGACUUGCUGUGGCUAUUAUGAGGAAUUGUGCUCCAGAGUCAUUGAUAGAAACUGCAUUGCAAAAGGAUGUUAACAUCAAUGUACCUACAGCUCCUGAGGUUGGGUUAUACUUGGAUGAGUGCCUCUUUACAUCAUAUAACCAAAAAUGGAAAGACAGUCAUGAAGAGCUUUCUAUGAAAGCUUAUGCAGAAGAAGCGGAGGAAUUCAAAAUGAAGCAUAUUUACUCUCACAUUGCUUCAACAGAACAUAAGGAAGGAGUUGUUGGGCUGUGGUUGCAUUCUUUAAACCACAGAAACUAUCCUGAUUUACGAGUUGCGAGUAACGGAGAUGGAGACACCAGUGAUGAGAAAAGCAUUCAGGUGGAGCUCAACAGAGACACCAUUGAAGGGAACAAUGGAGACACUGCCGAAAAGCCACAAAUCGAAAGUGCCAAAGAAGAGAACACUGAUGAAUGAAUACAUAUUCCCACAACCACAGGGGAACAUAUGAUGGUUUAGUUAAUCUAUGUAUUUUUGUCUUUCAUUUUUUUUUUUAAUCAUUUUAUUUUUGGGGAUAAACUCAGAAAAUGUUACUCUCUUUUCAAAUGUCUGGCGUAUCAUUUCGUGUUCUCAUAAAUCACUAAUCAGUCAUAGCAUUGAAAUUUCCUUGAUGGGCGAUUGCAACUAUGCAUUCUUCUCGUUCUAAUCCUGGGGAAACUGAGGCUACUUGUUUGGGACU